AUGAAGUCCACGGUGUCGUCAGUUCCGUAAAGCGUUCCUCCUGGCUUCAUUAAAAAAGAAGAGAGAGGAUUACCAUAGUCAGAAGACAAACGCAUUUAAAAUAACACUUUACCUGGCUAUGUCAUUUAAAUAUUCUUAAACAAGAGCGCCUCAUUGUUUCCCACGGGCAGUUUUUCUCCUGGACCGACAAAAGACACACCAGUCUCCUCUAAGCCGCGCAUGAACUGUGAUGCACUGCCGCUAGCCUGUUAUUAGCUUGCUCGCUAGCUUCCCGAACAGCUCUGUUUUUACGACGGGAUCAAGCACACCAAAUAGUGCAUUAUGACAGACAGCAUUAUGAGUAAAGCUGCCACAAUGGAGAUUCCUAUCAACAGUAAUGGUGACACAGGGACACUACCAGAAGAUGACAGCCUUGAACAGGCUGCAAAACUGCAGUGGAGCUUAGAUGAGAAGGUAGGGAGCUCCAGAGGCACCAGGGACCUACAGCAGGUGAUGGUAUCGGGUCCCAAUCUCAACGAGACUAGCAUCGUAUCCGGAGGUUAUGGAGGAACAGCAGAGGGUAUCAUCCCCACCAGCUCAAUCAAAGGCCCUGCUGUGCGCUACAAUGCAGAAUUUAACAAAAGGAUCCCAGUUACAGGAUUAGGUUCCAACAUGCACCACAGCAGCAGCAGCUCGUCAAUGACGGCAGAUGAAGCGACCCGCGGUGUGGCUGUUGAAAAACUAGAAACAAUGAAGAAGUGGGGACUAAACACUUACAAGUGUACAAAACAAAUGAUCUCGGAGCGCUUUGGUCGGGGUUCUCGGACUGUGGACCUGGAGCUGGAGGCCCAGAUUGAGGUGCUGAGAGACACUAAAAGGAAAUAUGAGAACGUGUUGCGAUUGGCCAGAGCGCUGACCAACCACUUCUACAACAUGGUGCAGACUCAGCAUGCGCUUGGUGACACCUUUGCUGACCUCAGUCAGAAAUCUCCAGAGCUACGGGAUGAAUUUGGCUACAAUGCAGAGACUCAGAAGUUACUCUGUAAGAAUGGGGAGACUCUCCUUGGUGCCAUUAACUUCUUUGUGUCCAGCAUCAACACACUGGUCAACAAGACCAUGGAGGACACCCUGAUGACGAUCAAGAUGUAUGAAAACGCAAGAUUGGAGUUUGAUGCCUAUCGGUCGGACCUGGAGGAACUGAGUUUGGGUCCGAGGGACGCUGUAGCCAUGGCCCGCAUAGAUGCUGCUCAGCAACAGUAUCAAGUCCAGAAGGACAAGUAUGAACGCCUCCGCUCAGACGUCAUCAUUAAACUCAAGUUCCUGGAGGAGAAUAAGGUGAAGGUCAUGCAUAAGCAGCUCCUUCUCUUCCAUAAUGCCAUCUCUGCAUACUUUGCUGGCAACCAGCAGCAGCUGGAGCAGACGCUGAAGCAGUUCAACAUAAAGUUGAGGCCUCCAGGAGCCGACAAGCCCUCCUGGUUAGAGGAGCAGUGAGAGGAUCUGCUGGACCUCCUGCAGCCUCCUUCUUGACCACCUCUACCUGCUACCUGUUGAAAACCCCCUACUUACAGAGGACCAUGAUGAAGAAAUGAGAUGAGCAUGUGGCUGGAUGAUUGGACCGAUGAGGGAGGAUUGGACAGGGUAUUAUUGAUGAAUGGUUUAGAUGCAGCAGGAAACCAAGUGGCCAGUUUCAUGAACAGUCUAAGGGGCUUUUAGUGCCUCUUCCCAACUUCCUUUUUUACCACUUUAACCUUCUCUUUGUCCUUUUGUUCCCAGGGAAACUUCAUCUCUUCUUUCCCUCUUUCCCAUUUGACUUAACCACCUUCUAUAUCAACACUAUUUUGCCGGGUGAGCUUGUGUUAGUCAUGUUCAUGGCCAUUACUGUACUCCUCAAGGGCUCCCAAUGCUCUGAGUUAAACUGCAACUCCACACCAUGUUAUUAACACGAGAAAAGGAACAAAUGGUAAAGCUACUAAAACACACUCCGAUGUGACCACUACAACACUGCAUCAAAACUCUUCCAGACCAUAUCACUUUCCUACAGUGCCUCAUUAUGUAUGAGAUAAGUACUAAAUCAACAUGUUGCCUGCAGGAAGAAUAAGAUUUCAAAUUACACAUGAAGGGGAUUUGUAUGGUACACUGCAAAGGUAUGUCCAGACAUUUGAAUUCCAUGUACAUUUCAAACUAAGUACUGUUACACAUAUGAAAUAAAUAUUGUUUGUAGCUUAUAAAAAAAAAUUAAUUAAUUUGACUGUCAUCUCUUUACUUUGUAAUUAUUUAAGUUACAAAACAUUACUCAUACAUGCGACGAUCAUUUAGGGAACACUGCCACAGCUUCCCAAAGCUCUACUUGUUUGAGUCUUCGCUAAUUAUGGUUUAUUUAUCCAAAGAGAAUUGAAAGAGAUGUUUAUUGGAUGGUGGGCCUUGCUAUGUUUUCAUGGGUUGAGUAAGCCAGUGGUUCACAAAGUUUUUCACAUCAAGGACUCUUAAACUGACCCCCGUCUGAUAGGAUUUUUGCUUGUAGAUUUUUUUAUUACAGAAAGUGUAUGAAACCGUGACCACAAUAGUCUCAAAUUCUGCCAUUGUGUUACUUAUGGAUGCAAUUCUAAUAAUAAUUUUAAAAAAAGAUUCCCUGGAACCUUCUGGAGCCCCUCAAGCACCCCUGGGGGUCCCUGGACCCCACUUUGAGAACCACUGUUUUAAGCAACAUUGAUUGGAUUUGAGAGACUGUUAAGAUGGUCAACUGUCAGUAAGUUGAGAUCUAACAAACUUGAAUGGAUUAACUCCAUUAUUUCAUAGUUUAAUAGACUGUAUUUUAAAGGAAUUCAUUGUAUCAUCUUUGUUUGUAUCAUUCAUCAAUGUUAUAACAAUGAAAUGUGUCUUUGUUUUUUUUUGUUUUUUUAUGUUUAAAGUCAAAGACAUGUCAUUGACUUUAAAGAUAUGACCCUGCAGCUAUCUAAUAUUACUAAUCCUAAACAUUUCCACAUAAAAUCUUGUAAAGUAGUCGUUGGGGAACGGGAUGACACUAAUGAUUCAUUGUUUUUUGUUUACCUUCUUUAACUGAAAUGUCGUCUUAGAAUAAUGAUGGUAAACAAUCAUCAAUUGUUGACAAUUAAGAGAAGGUGUUACCACAAAAUAUCAGUAUGGUACUACAUAUAUAAUGUUGAAUUGUUAUUCAUCACUGUAUUUAUUAUGUUCAUUGUGUGUGUUAAUCUGUAAGGUCAAUCAACAUAUUGUACACUGGAACUUCUGGUUUGUGAAAAUGACUCAGUUUAUGAGUAUUCCAUUUAUGGCAUUUUUCAGAUGAGAAACUAAACUAUGAAAAGAUGUCUCAGGAUAACCAAAUCUGUUAUUGAUAUACUCCAAAAAAAAAAUCUAAACUAACCGACAGAACAUGUUUACGUUUCCCAGUGUCAAACCUCUGUGAAGUCAAAUGAAGAUAAUCCAGUCUAAUGAAUGUUUUACCAUGCUGAAUUUAACUCAUCAGUCUCAAGUAACAGGAGGGAGAGCUCUAUCAGUUUAUGUUUCAGUCCUCCAGCUUCUUGUCUCUCCUGUAUUUGCAUAGUAGGCAGCGAUCCAAAGUGUAGGUGCAGAUAUGUGUGAAUUCACUGAUGCUUCUGCGUGCCAGUUCGCAUGGACUGGCAUCACGCCAUGCUUAUGAUUUAAGUGUUGUAACUGGCUGAAGCAGAAUCCAACAUUUGGGUUUCCCCAUAAUUCUGCAUUAUUAAGGACAGUUAUGAAAGGAAGUGGAUUUCUUAUGUGUCAGUGUGUCAAGUGGGUGUGUUUUAUCCUGGCUGAAAGGUCACUCAGUAAAACCGUGGCCUCACUUGUGGUUAAAAUUGCAGUUUCACUGGCCCGCUCCUGGUCAGUUUGACCAACAUACAGCAAUAUUAACAAAAUAUGAUUCCUCUUUUCCAAACCUGCCCUUUUGGAAAUUCCUAACCCCAACACCUAAACGAUUGGCAAUAGGAAUUUUAUUGUUCUGUAGUUGUGAAACCUCUAGUAAAGUGAAAAAGGUGUGGCUAGCAUUGCAAGUCACUCUUACUAGCUGUCUUUACAUUGUUGCAGAGAGAGAACCAAGAUUUAUAAAAUGAGAGAUUUUAUUUGUGUACAAUCAAUGUUUUCUAGGCUGAGCUGGCGUGUUGUACUGUAUGAAUGAUUGCACAUAACAGUAUUUAAGAUGAUAAAUGAAGUCGUGUCAUGGAUUGAUGUGAUACUCUUUCCUUCAUUCCUCACUCAGACCUGAAAAGUCCCACCCCACCCUGAGGGAGCCAAAUUAAAAGUACACAUUUUCAAAA